AUGAAUUUUCAAUUAAAUAUGAAAAAUAUUCCCUCAUCAUCAUCAUCAUCGUCAUCAUCAUCGUCAUCAUCAACAAUAAAACGUUCCUUUUAUGCAAAAAAAAUUCAUUAUCAAGAAAGAAUUGUCGAACAAUCAAUUUUACCUCAGCAAACAACAGCAUUAUCACCUACAUAUUUAACACCCGAUAGGAGUUGGAAAACGGUAGCAACAUUUGUUGCUCGUAAACCCGGAAAUGGACAAAAAAGACAGGAAAUGGAAUUAAAAAAUAUUGGUAAAGUGGCCAUCCCAUCAUCAUCAUCAUCAUCAUCAUCAUCAUCAACAUCAUCAUCAUCAAUGAUUAUUGUAUUCGUUUAA